AUGGCCUCAAACGGCAGCGCUCCCGUGAGCGAGAAGCCCAACCGUGCAUUCGUUUUGCUUCCGGACAGAUCAUUCGUUUAUGAGGAUCGAACUGUAUCGACAUCCCUCUCAGGAAGGGAUGUUCAAGUCAAAGUCAUUGCAACGGGAAUCUGCGGAUCAGAUGUCCAUUAUUGGCAACACGGCCGCGUCGGGCCUUACGAAGUCACGAAACCCAUAAUCCUCGGUCAUGAAUCUUCGGGCAUCGUCGAAGCCUGCGGCCCGGACGUGAAGAAUCUUUCCGUCGGCGACAGAGUCGCGCUCGAGCCCGGCGCCUCGUGCAAUACCUGCAAGCACUGUCGGAGCGGAAAAUACAAUCUCUGCAAGUCGAUGAAGUUUGCGGCCACACCUCCCUUUGAUGGCACAUUGGCGACUUACUACAACCUCCCUGAGGAGUGCUGUUUCCGUCUCCCGGAGAAUAUGUCCUUCGAAGAGGGCGCCCUUAUCGAGCCCCUGAGUGUUGCUGUACACUGCUGCAAGCUUGCUGCCAUCACACAAGGUGCUUCUGUUUUGGUUACUGGGGCUGGCCCUAUCGGACUUCUUGUCUGUGCUGUCGCGAGAGCGUUUGGCGCCUCCACGAUCGUGGUUGCUGAUAUUGUGGAGUCUCGUCUUGCGUUCGCAAAGAAGUACGCUGCGACGCACACCUAUCUCAUCAAGCCCGGAAAGUCAAGUCUGGCAGAGGAGCUACCGUCGCAGCUCGAUCUUCCUGAUGGUUUCGACAUAAUCAUCGAGGCAACUGGUGUCGAGGCGUGUACACAAGACGGAGUGGCUGUUUUGAACCGUGGUGGAACAUUUAUACAAGCUGGACUUGGAUCGUCCUCGAUUAGUUUUCCAGUUGGAUUGAUAUGCGACAAGGAAGCAACCUUCAAGGGAAGCUUUCGGUACGGUCCAGGUGACUAUGGCCUCGCGAUCGAGCUCGUACGGAAGGGUGCUGUCAGCGUUAAGGAGCUUGUCACCCACAGGUUCUCUUUCGAGGAGGCUGAAGUCGCUUUUCAGACGGUUACCAAGCGGGAAGGCAUCAAGUGCAUAAUACGGGGGCCCAAGUCGAUCCACGCCUGUCUGUAA